GUGUUUUAAUAGCAGGAACUUCGACACAUGAAAUGGCGGACAGUCCGGGCUGGAGGAGGAGUCGAAGUAUCGAACGCCCUGACAUAUGCAGAAGGAGGAGGAGCAGGAGUAGGAGUGGAAGCAGGGAACGCCCCGACUUGUCUCCAGUCUGGGCCUUUGAAAAACAAAAUCUGAAUCUGGUGUUGUGUGGAAAUGAUGCUACUCUGAAGGCCUUUGUGUCAAAAUGUUUCAUGGGGGAAAAACAUCUUUUUACAUCAUAUCAGAGAGAGUUCAUAUCAGUGUGUUUGAUGGAGGAUGAGAUGCUACAUGGACGUCUGAUCAAUCUGGUGGAGCUUCCAGCUCUCAAUCGGCUCUCAGAGGAGGAAGUGAUGCGUGAAACUCUCAACUGUGUGUCUUUCUGUGAUCCUGGAGUUCAUGCUUUCCUCUUCAUUGUUCCUGCUGGUCCACUUACUAAUGAUGACAAAGCAGAAAUAGAGAAGAUCCAGAAGAUAUUUGACCUCAGGGAGCAUUUCAUUGUGCUUUUCACAUCAGAGCUCAUUAGUGACAAAAGUGUGACAGAUUUAAUCAAAUCCAGCCCAGAAUCUCAGAGGUUAAUCAGUUAUUGUGGGGGUCGAUACAGAGUGAUGGGGUUAAAGGAACCUGAAAACUCAAGACAGAUCCCAGAACUACUGGAUUAUAUAGAGACUACGGAGACCUUCAGAACAAGUGAACCCUAUUCACUUGAGAUGUAUAUGAUAGCUCAAAAGAACAGAGCCAAACAUGAAACAGAGAAGAAAUGUAAAGAAGAGCUGGAUAAAAUGGAGAAUAAUUUCAGAGAGUUUCAGUUAGACGGUGCUGAAGGUCAAUCUGAUGAUCAGGAGUGUCUGAGGAUUGUGCUGAUCGGGAGGACAGGGAAUGGAAAGAGUGCAACAGGAAACACUAUUCUGGGAAGAGAGGAGUUUGUGAGUGAUUUAAGGCUAGAUUCAGUCACAACAGUUUGUGAAAAGAGAGUUGGCGAAGUUGAAGGUCAUUCAGUAACUGUUGUUGAUACUCCAGGCCUCUUUGACACGACACUGACACAUGAUCAAGUAGCAAAAGAAAUAUUGAAAUGUGUUUCAAUGUUGUCACCUGGACCUCAUGUGUUUGUCAUUGUGCUGAGCUUGGGAAGAUUUACAAAAGAGGAGAUGGACACUGUAGAUCUGAUAAAGAAGAUCUUUGGGACAAAAGCUGCUCAGUUCAGCAUUGUUCUGUUCACUGGAGGUGAUAAACUAAGCAAUAAGUCAAUAGAGAAAUAUGUCAGUGAAAGUAACUGUGCAGAACUGAAGAAAAUGAUCAGAGAUUGUGGUAACAGAUUCCUGGUUUUCAAUAACAGUGAAAAACGAGACAAAACUCAAGUGACCCGACUGUUAGGCAUGAUAGAAGAGGUCAAACGCACAAACGAGGGUCGAUAUUUCACUAACAGCAUGUUUGAGGAGGCAGAGAUGUCCAUUAAAAAGAAAAUGGAGGAAAUACUGAAAGAGAGAGAGAGAGAAAUCCAGGCUCAGAAUGAGGCAUUAAAAGUCAAAUAUGAGAUGGAAAUGAAGAAACUUAAGAGAGAGAAACAAAGAACAGAUGAGGAGAAAAUGAAAAUGCAGAAAGAAAUGAUAAAAGAGAGAAGAGAGAGAGAACUAGAGAGGGAGCAAAUGAAGAGUGAGAGAGAACUAAUGAAGACAAUGAUAGAAGAUCUUCAGAGAAAGAAAACAGAACAUGGUAUGGAACUGAAGUGGAAGCAGGAGAAAUAUGAUGCCAGAGCUAAAGCAGAGCAAAUGUAUAAGGAGCGGAUUUGGGCUCUCGAAGAUAAGCUGGAAGAAGAAUAUGCUCGAUAUGAUUCACUGCAAGAAAAGUAUGAAAUCCUACAAGAUGAACUAAAGCAGAUAAGGGCGAAAUAUCAGAGAAAAAAAUUCUGUGUCCUUCUGUGAUCAUUUUAGUUACCUACCUGAUAAUUAGUCACUGCAUUAAUACUUUACCAAAAAAAAAAAAAAAAAGUUAAUGGAAAGCCUUUGGUUGAUUGAUUUACAGUGCUUAUCAAUAUGCUGUUUGCUUAGGAUUUUGAUAUUCUCUAUUUGUAUUUUUUUUUUUCUGAUAAUUUUUUUUAUGUAUAUCUCUGUGUUUGAUUGGCCUGACUGUUUUUUUUUUUUUUUUUGUUGUUUGUUUGUUUUUUUUUUUUUGUCAUAAUUGCUUUUAAUUAUGUUUUUGUCAAAAUGUUGCAAAAAAAUGUGCAAAAUUCAUCAGUAGCCUAAAUGUAAAUGUAAAUGUUUUUUUGUUUUGUUUUUUUUGUUUAGUUUUUUAAUUAACAAAAAUUAAAUAAUAAGUCAAUACACCAUAAAUCCUUCUUCCAAAAUGUGUUUUUGUCUUACCCUGAUUUUCUAUGGUGAGCCUAUUUUACAUGUUUAUGUUUUAGACCAGGUGGGAUGGUUUUCGUGGGAAAUUGGGUACAUACGUCACUUGUCCAUGUCUCGUCAUAUCCAUAAAUAGAGAAAAGUUGCUCUGGCUUCUUUUUAAUGUGUGUUUGGUAUGGGACUGGUAGGCCCCUGGGCUUGAGUUUCUGUUUGGGCCCUACCUGCACUACAAAUGACCUCAAUCAGAACAUCAUUAUAAAUAAAAACACAAAAAAUAAAAUAUUCUUUGAGGUUCCUAGAACAUUAAUAUGCAAUGUGCCUAGUGAAGUCAAAGUUUAGAGGUGAUAUUAAAUAGUCAUUAUAAUUCAAUAAUAUAUAUUAUAUUAUACAUAUAUUACAUAUAUUUUGUGCUUGUGUAUCCCAUUUUCAUGAUGAAUAAAACACUUACUAUAUGUUUUUCCCCCCAAAAUGUAAACAUUGUUGGGUAUAUCAGUAAUUAUUCUCUCUAAUGUAUAGAGUUUUUUUAAUUAUUAAAUAUAUUUUAAAAAUUAUAAUAAAGCUUUUUUUUUUUAGCUUGUCGCUCAAGUUAUCACCAGUGAAUCACAGUGAACCCCGGAAGUGCGAUCAGCUGAGUAUGACACAGCACCAUUCUGUUUUGCCUCACGCCUUUAUAUACACUCCCCCAGAGCACUCCCCUAACUAGGAAACCAUAAAUAAUUACCUAGGGGGUGUGGUCAAGCAGGCAGCAAACACACAGCAAUAACUGCAUUCCACCACACACUUAUCAGUUUGUGAGUAAGGCCAGCGCGCUAGCACAAGGAGUGUCAAAUAAGCUGGAAUAUUCCUAUAUGAACUCACUCUGUUACUGUGUUUUCUCAGUGAAUAAAUUGAUGUAAGACGAUUUCUUGAAGCACGAGCUUUAUUGACACAACAACGCAAAGAGACCAGUUACACCUUACCGUAAAGUAGCGUUAUGAUAACCAUUAAAUUGGCAUACGCAUUAACAUUAUAUGUGUAAGAUAUCAUGAUGUACAAUGAGGAUUUUUAAUUACCAUGUUAAUGGAUAAUACAAACUAUGUUUUGUUAGUCCAUAAGGCAUGAACUAAUUUGUAUAAACUGUGAACAAAUACUUUUAACCAUAUCAUUUUGAAAAUAUAUAGUGUGUAACCAUAUAGUAAAAUGUCUCCCUUGACUGUAUGUGAUAUUAUUUCCGUAUGUUUGUUCAUGUUGUGAACUUGUGACAAAUAGUAUAAAGACACAGAGGUAUGGGCAUUUAGGCCUACAUUAAUCAUUGCAAAUCCUUGAACAAGUUUAAGCCAAUGAGACAUUUAACAAUAGAAGUGUAUAUGGUGAGUGUGUGAUAUUUCUGUCAUGAUGUGGUGAACGAAUUUAUAUUUAUAUAUUUAUAUAUUUAUAUUAAGUGUUUAUCUGCUAUAGGCUAUUGAAUCUGUUCACGUCUUUCAAAUUUUAUCAUUAAAGAUUUUUUAUUUUUUUAUUUGCAUUUGUCAAAGAUACCUAUUUAUCGUGUUAAUAUUAAAUAAAUAUUAAUUAAUAAAACUUAUUCAUUUCGUUUUCAGGGAUGAAAAGACAGGUUUUUCUGCAGAAAUGCCAUGAUAUGGGCUUAUAAUUUUUAAGUGUUUUAAGACGAUUAUUUGUUGUUUGCUUUUUUUUAAUUUUAUUAUGAACAGUUUAAAUAUGUUUUAAACCUAUUAUUUUAGAAAUGUUUUUUAAAUAUCCUAUUUGUUUUCAUACAGAGAAACACACGUUUCACUUGUUCAAGGCUUUUUUUUCAAAUGGUUAUUUUUAUUUGACAUUAAAUGUUACAUAAUCUAAGUAUUAUUUGUAACAAUUUGAACAUAAAGGAAAUAAUACGAUCAAAU